UUGGGGAGACAGAAUGUUCUGGAGUUGGUGGUGGUAGCGCCACCGCGCCCAUGGUUGUGAGCGGUGAUUUCAUAUGGAUUCCAGGUGCGGAAACAGAGGCCUCCCAGCUGGCGACGUGCCCUCACGCCCCUGGCCCCACAGGCCCCAGGAGCAGGGGUGCAGCUGAGCCCCGCACGUAAUCGGUGCUCCGCAUGCCUGCUGAUGGAAUUCGAGGGACCCUCCCUGGGUGCUCCCGCCUCCGGGACCUCCCUUCCUGGGCUCCGGGACGGCAAGCAGCUUUCCCAGGCCACCGUGGCCAGCCCAGCAGCGGCUCUGUGCUGCAGCGGGGGUGGGGUCACCCUUGGGCCAAUGCCCAGUCCUGCUCUGAGCGUGGGGGCCACCCCAGCAGCAACCUCGUGGCCGGGCCUCCCCCCCCCCCCCCUCCCUGCAGACUGCUGAGCUCAUUGGCCCAGGCCGCGGCCUCCAGGCACCUGUUGCUGUCUGUCUGGGGGCCACCCUCCCGGUGCUCCAUCUGUCCAGCGGGCUCACUGUGGCGGCUGUGCCGUCAGGCCCACAGCAGGGCCUCAGCAAGUGCAAGCCGCCUCUCUCGGGGGAGACGCCUUUUCUGCAGCCCUCCUCCCGCCCAACUCCGGAUCCCAGGCUUCUCAGACGUCUCCAUGACAACCAGGGCCUUGCAGGAGCUGGAUGGGGGCCUGGGCAGCUGCCAAGCAGGCCAGGACCUCUCCACGCUGGCUGACCCCUGCCCUGACCAGCCCCUGGAGGACAGAGCUCGAGCAACACCGAGGCUGGCCGACUCUAGCAGCUGGUCCCAUGAUUCUCAAGAGCCGGCAGCAGAGGGCAGCCCCACAGGCAAUGUGGAUGCCAGGCCCAAGAAGACAGAAAAAGAGCCUGUGACCAAAGUGGCCCUAGGAGCUGGGAAAGAGAGGCUGAAAGCUGGAGCAACUCCCCGGAGCCCCGCCCGCAAGAAGGCGCAGGCCGCCCCUCCCCCGCAGCGGCCACCGCCGCCCCCGACCCCGGCCCUGAGCGAGGAGCUGCCCUGGGGAGACCUGUCACUCAACAAGUGCCUGGUGCUCGCCUCACUCCUGGCGAUGCUGGGUUCGGCCUUCCAGCUGUGCCGCGAUGCUGUGGCGGGGGAGACAGGUACCCCUGCACCUGUCCCCGAGCCGUGGGUACCGCCCAGGUCGGCACCGGAGCCAGCGUCGCCCCGGCCCCCGCCCCCGCCGAAGCCCGAGGCCUGGGUCCCCCCAUCGGGACCGCCCGCGCCCCAGGUGGAGGCGGAGGAGAAGGCCGAGGUUCCUGGGAGCCGGGAGGCUGCAGAGAAGGCUGCUGGGGAAGAGCGCGCGCCCGAGGAGACGCCUCGGAAGGAGGAGAGGCCUCGGAGGGAGAGGCCGCCGAAGGAGCAGAGGCCGCCGAAGGAGCAGAGGCCGCCGAAGGAGAGGCCGCGGAGGGAGGAGAGGGCUCGGAAGCAGGAGAAGCCACGGGCCGCCAGGGAGCCCCGAGGAGCCCUACCGCGGCGCUGGGAGGCAAGCGAAGGGGGCCGUCGGCCUUGGACGCAGGACUCUGGAGACCCCGGGCGCAGGAAGAGGCAGGCCUGGGGCUCCCCGCGGCGCCCGGACGGGGACCGGCCUCCGGGCCGCCAGAAGCAGCGGGCCGGCAAGGGGCGGGACUGAGCCAGGCCUCGGUACUGUGACACACAGUCCCGGGACCCCCGCUCGGUGGCCCCCGCGGUUCAGUGAAAUAAAUUGAGUGCUG